AUGCUCGGUUUCAUCAUCAGCGAUGUUUCAUGUUCAGGUGCCGUCGGAGGCAUGCUGGGCGCGCGGCUCAAGUCAUGGAUGGAAGCGCAACUGGGGAGGGCGAAGAAACGUAAACAGAAACCAACGAGGAACGUCCCGCCAGCUACACCGCAGCCCCCACCACACUUGUCUUCCCCGGAAAGCGCGUAUAGCACCGGCUACUCAACAGAUGGCACCUCUCCUGGCCUGGCACCCGGCCCGCUUUCCGCUCCGCUCGUGGCUCCCCCGCCGCCGCCUACGCCACCGACCACACACCUAUACCACGAACCGGCUAGGCGUCGUUCAAGCACAACAAUCCGUCGAGCUGUUCCAGAGCCCGUUGUAUGUGCAACUCCGUCACCUCGACCUCGUUGUAGGAUCAGAACGAAUCCAUGGCUCGGAGCGACCUCUCCCAACGCGAGACGGAAGCAUCCGUUGCAGCAACAACAGUCGCUUCAAAUACCUCAGCCGCAUCCACACUUACACCACGCUCCUUAUUCGUUGGACUCUCAUCAGAAAUAUUCAUCUAGGUAUGAUUUUUGGUCCGUCCUGAACAAGAAUAUAUCGCCUCACCUCUCUCCGCACCUAUCUCCACACUUAUCUCCGCAUCUAUCACCUCAUUUAUCUCCUCGUAAAUCUCCCUAUAUGUCGCCACAUUUAUCCCCCGAGCCAUAUUCAAUGUAUAGGGGUGGGGUGUCCAGUGACGAAGAAUGCCUCGGUAUCAAGAUAAGAAACAGGGAAACAGCUAUUCUAUCUGACUUGGACGUCGACUCGGAUGGAGACACAGGCUUGGAUGGUGGAGAUGAGGACGAACCGGACAGCAGGUCGUCUCCGGGAAGAAGACGGGCAAGAAGACGUAGACCGCAACGACGUCCACCAAAAUCUGCAGGCGCAACUCCUCCCCGAAUGCGUCGUCGAUGCCACGCGCCUUCAGCACCACCUGUAAGGGAACGGGAUCCACUACUUGAAGCUGAUCGGGAGGCUGAGAGGAAAUACAGAGAACUUAUCAGAGAGGCCGAGAAACUGCUUGUGACAGUCUCUAGAGCUCCGAUAGAACCACCUCACAACCCUCGUGUUAGAGAACUAAGAGCCACUGAGGUGGAAGCGCCACGAAGGAGUCCAGAGCGCACUCACGUUACCAACUUCAUUCGCGCCAACUCCCCCGAGCCUCCCCGGCGUCUGUCUCCCGUGGCCCGGCGCUCCCCCCUUGCCGCCCCCCCGCAGACCUGCCCCCCCGGGCAAAUCCCUCCCCGCACCACACAACCUCCUUCUACUGACAGACCACACUCUGAACCGCCGAAGAGAAAGGCGUAUGCUCGAGACGAGGUGUUACAAACGUUGGAGGGUCUUCGUAAGAGCUUGCAGCAGCAGUCAGCGCUGCUCGCCGUUCAGCGCACGCGGCUUGACUCGUUGUAA